AUGAAAAACAAUAUGAUCAUAAAAUUGCUACUGAUGAUAUACACAGUGUGUGCAAGGCUAGAUCUAUAUGAUAUAAAGACACUAGGAGAAAGAGUAGUUAUUCAAAAAGAUAAUUUAUUAAUACAUCCAGAUGGGCCACUUAGUCCACUAAGAGGGUAUAUUAUGCACAGAAGUGGAUAUAUGUAUAAUAAGCGAUUUUAUUCGCCAGAAAUAGAUACAGAAUAUCAAUUAAAAAAGACAGAUAAAGCAACAGAAAGUGGUAAAUCAAUUUACACAUAUACACGAACACCUGUUAAUGAUAUAGCAUAUAAAAAUAUUUAUACAGAUGCUGUAACAAACAACUAUCUUAUUCGGUUCCAUACACAGCUAAUUAACAUGUUUCCUUCUACAGACAAAUCACUUUCUAUUACAGCAGGAAGGCCAGAUGCGCUUUAUUCUUUUCUGAUAAAGGAUGAAGUACAGCCACAAUGCAUGUACAUUUUGGCAGCUUUUUUCCUUUUGUCCGAGCAGGUGGAUAUUCCCAUUCUAACAGGAAAGAAAAAGGAAAAAGAAAGAAGACUUGUUCUAAAAAGUGUAGAUGGAAAAGAUACGUACAUUAACCAGAGCCUAGUGCUGUGUGAAGAUGAAAAAGAACUGCCCACUGAACAGGAAAAUUAUCACACAGAAGCUGUUGGAGUUAUUAACUUUCUAAAAGAUUAUGCAGAAAUUCGCAUUAAACAACUAGAGAAAAAACGCGGAUAUAUAGAACCAAGUACAUAUGAGCAGUUUAUGACAGGACGUUUUUUGAACACACCAAAGUUCCUUGUUCAGUCAUAUAUAUACGAAUUUAUUGAUACACCAAACAGGUAUAUUGAGUUUGUAGAGGCUGUAUAUACUAUUCUGACUGAUCAGAUAGAGAACAAUACAUCUAUUAAAAAAAAGAUAAAAGACGUAUACAAAGGCCUAUUGAAGAAUUACUUUAUAAAGAAAGAUGAACUGCCAUAUGUAACCAAUCAUAUAGACCAUAUUUUAAAUCUUAGAAGGGCAAAAGACAGUUGUAAAAUAUCACCUUUUAUUGAUUCAUCACAACUACCAGCAUAUGUUCAAGUAAAGGCUUAUGAUAGAAAAAAUGAAAAAGAAAUAGGUGAUAUAACCCAAAAAUAUUCUAAUUGUGUGGAAGUGAGUAUAUUAGGAAUAGUUUGUUGUUUAUUAUACGACUUAAACAAUAGAGUAUACACCACGGACCAUUUACCAAAUAAAAAAGAAACAGAGCCACUGAAAGAGUUCUUCAAAGAUUAUCCAAAACCAAUGGAGAGCAUUAGUUAUAAAAUGCAACAGGAUUGGUGCAGAGUAGUAGCAGGCUUACCCAAUGAUAAGAUUGUUUAUUUAAAAAAAAGAGGCAAUGAGCUAGAAAGCAGUUUAUUAAAUGUUUUAUACGUUAUAUCAGAAAUAACUGGAAACAAAGAAGAAGUACUUAAAGAAAUUAAGUCUAUAGAAGACAAGUGUAGACCUAAAAAUUCAUAUAAAAAAGAAUUUAAUAUAAAAGAAAAUCUAACUAAUAUAUUCAUAGAACUAUCAAAUAACAAGAAUCUUGAAAUAGAUUCUAAAAAGUUCACAGUAGAUAAGAGAAAAAAAGAUAAAAAGCAUGAUUUAUUUGGAGAGUUUCAUCUACUUUAUAUCUUUGAAGAAAUAAAGGCAGGAGUAUCAGUAGAUAUAUGCAGCUGCCAUGCCAUAUUAGACAUAGUAGGCGAUUUAUUGCUUAAAAAACAAAAAAUCGCUAUUAAAACAAAACUCACUGAAAUCCAGAAUAUUUACAGUAACUCAGAGAAGUAUACAGCAUGUAUAAUUAGACAGUACAUAAACAUAGAGCUGAAUAAAAUGAAAAAUAAGUGUAAAUCACAAAGCUUCCUUCCAUCUGAGCAAAUUCAGGAAACUAUUAGAAACAAUCAUGAUAAUAUAAAUGACAUUUUUCUGUGCGGGAUGAUUUUAUCAGUUAGGGAAAAAGCAGCUAGUGUUGGAUACUUCUUGAGUAUAUAUCUAAAAAAUACACAGCCAAAAAACAAUCCGCUAGUUCGUUUUACUAAUAAUCUUAUAGGAAGUACUCUGCUGAAUGAUUUAAUAACAAGAAAAAACAUGCUAAUUUAUUGUAUGUAUAACAGUGAUGGUAAAGAUUACUAUUCAAGAGUUGAAGAGUGCUGGGAAGAGGUUUCUUUUUGCAGUGUAAUUCAUUUAAUCAAAACCAUGAAUAACACAUUAUUAGGACCAACCCAUUCCUAUGAUAUUUCUUUUGAGUGUUUUAUAAAAGCAAUGAGAGCCAUAGGCAGGGCAGACGAGAGGUAUAACAUUAAUAAUUUUUCAAGUAUCUUUAUCAUGGUUAUAAAGAAUCUCUCCAAGAAAACUGAUGAUCCAACUAAAACAUUUUCUGAAUUGCUAGGCGUAAUAUAUGAAUUAGUUAUGCAGCCGGACAGUUCAAAUAUGUUUUAUAUCUGUUUAAAGUGGGUGGUUGAUGUGAUAAUAAGUAAUAUAGAAGAUAAGAAGGAUACUAUAAAUAUUCUAAUGGAUCGUAUAGAUAUAAAUUAUGUUUUAAACAGUGAUAACAGAUGGGAUAAACAAUUUAUUUCUCAUUCCUAUAUUUUGAAGCAUUUAAAUAAUAACAGAAGUCUAUUAUGUGAUGGAUAUGACUCAGAAAGUGUUAAUAAGUAUGAUUCCAUUAUAAAGAAAAUAAGUAAAUUUAUAAAACCGAAUAAAAAAGGAUUUUUUCAGCAAGCCAUAGAAUCUGUUAUAUGCAAAUAA